UAGAUAGAUGCUAAAUAGAUGAUGGAUAUAUACAUAGAUAGAUGCUAAAUAGAUAAAUAGAUGAUAGACGCUAUAAAAUCUUUAACAAGCUAAGAAAUAUGGUGAUCCGGGUAAGUGUGUUAGUUGUAUGUGAUGGAACAGGAAGCAGUGAAACACAACUGGCCCUGGGGUGUCAGCUUAGGCAAGACUCUUUUGUAUGAAUGGAAUUCUUUGGAAGACAGAUGGGAGUACAUAAUGUUACAAUGUGGAAUACGGAAUGAGAUGAGAUCACAGCAUCAGCCUGUCCAUCCUUUGUAAACCUGGACAAUGAUCAGAGCUGCUGAAUCCAGCAGUGUAUUUAGGAGCUGCUCAUUCUGGUUUCGUUCAAGCUGCUGGACACACGUCUACCUCAGGGAGAAAUGAUCAAGCUACACAGACAGAGUUACAAGAACCUACAGAAUAUCAGCACUGCUUCUCCUUCCAGGGUAUGCAAAUCAGCCAGAGGAAAGACUUCAACUGCUCAGAAGAGCCAUGUGAAUAAGGGGGCACUGUCUUGUGAUGUACAUCCCCACCAGGCUCAGGAACUUGUAUCACAGCAAGUGGAGCUCCUGCAUGUUCUUCACAGGAAUGAUGAGAUGUGGAGACUGGCAGUGCAGGACACAACAAAGCACAUUCAAAGCGCUGAAAAAAAAGCAUCACGGUUUAGUCGACGCAAACAAACUGCGCCACCCAAAACAAAAAGCCUUAGAACGCCGCCAGCCUGCAGCACAGACAAACAGAAUGCCCCCACUGUGCCGGCUUCACCCUCCAGCUACGAGACACUGGGGUGCAGAGAGCAGCGACCAGAGAACCCCAAAGAUGAAGCCACUUUGCCCCUUACUGCUCACAACAUCCCAAAAAAAGCACCAAGUCUACUGGAGAAAAUUGGGCUGAAACUAAAGAGGACUGUGGAAUAUAUUGGGGCUUCUAACUGUGCCUUUGAAGACGACUGAAGAAAGAUAAACCAAAAUGAACAACUCAGCCAGUCUCUUCCCUUGCCAAUGACUGUAACAAAGCCAAAAAUAAUGAGAAUGAAUUAAUGAUAUAAUUCUUUCUACUACUAGUGCACUAGCAAAUCAUUUGCACAAAGGAAAGAAUAGCACAAAGAUUGAGUUCUAGGUUGUCUUACUGCUUCCCAGUAACUUUGUUUGGAAUAACUGCUGCAGCAUUAACAUGCUCAGCGAAACGAGGUGAACGCUUUGGGGCAGAUUUACUAAAAGGUGAAGUGGUUAACGCUAGCGACAAUUGGCUAGCGUUACCACCUGCAGGGACAUCGCCGAUCAACUAACGGGCGCAGGUGCCAAUUCGCUAGCGGAAAA